GCCCGAGUACCGUGGGCGCCGGGGUAUUCUUUGGUGGAUUUGGUGUCAGUGUCUACUUACCUCGGCACAGGGCGUCUCGAGGGCUCCGCGGGCCUUACACCGGUUAGCAAUGGAUAUCGAUAUGGCCAUCUUCCACGGCGAGCUGCGCGAGCGGCUGCAGCGUGUGGAAGCCGGGCGCGAGGAGCGCGUCGCGGCCGGGGCGUACGACGGCGUGCCGAGCGUGGCGGAGCUGCUGGCGGGCAGGGACGUGCUCGUCACGGGGGGCUCGGGCUUCCUCGGCCGCGUGCUCCUCGAGAAGCUCCUGCGCAGCUGCCCCGACAUCGGCACCGUGUUCCUGCUGCUGCGGGCCAAGCGCGGAGUGCCGCCUGAGGAGCGCGUCGCCGGCAUCGUCAACGUGCCGCUAUUCGACCAGCUACGCCGGGAGCAGCCGACGGCCAUCUCCAAGCUGGUGCCCGUGGCCGGGGACUGCGCGGAGCUGGGCCUCGGGCUGUCCCCCGAGGACCGCGCCAUUCUCCAGGACCGCGUGUUCAUCGUGUUCCACGGCGCCGCGUCCGUCCGCUUCGACGACCCCGUGGCCAAGGCGGUGCUGCUCAACACGCGCGGCGCUAGGGAGGUCGCCGCCCUCUGCGCCGGGAUGCGCCAGCUGCAGACGCUGGUCUACGUCUCGACGGCCUACACGAACACCCACCAGAUGCGGGUCCAGGAGCGGCUGUACCCGACCGAGCUGGACUGGCGGACGGUGAUCGCCCUCUCGGAGAACGCCGACACGGCGACCACCCUGGACUUUCUAGGGAAAAAGUUUCUCGGCCACCAACCCAACACGUACACCUUCAGCAAGGCGCUGGCCGAGCAGGCGAUGGCCGAUGCGGCCGCGACCGUCCCCAUCGUCAUCGUCAGGCCUUCAAUAGUGAUCGGCGCGGCCAAAGAGCCCCUCCCAGGCUGGCUGGACAACCUCAACAGCCCGUCCACCAUGUGGGCCACCGCGAACAUGGGCGUCUUGCGCGUGAGCAAGCUGUCCAAGCCGGAGAUCCGCUUCGACUGGAUGCCCGUCGACAUCGUCACCAAGGCCACCAUCGUGGCGGCGUGGGCCAAGGCCACCAAGCAACUGGGGAGCGACGUGUUGCCCGUGGUGAACGCGGCCCUCAAGGAAGUGCACCCCGUCACGGAGGCGCAAAUGCGUGAAUGCUACAACGCGACGACGAUUCGAACCGUGCCUUUUACCAGCGCCGUCAGGUAUCCGAUCUUCAUCCAUCCAACAUGCUGGCUCCAUUACCAGGUGAUGCACGUCGUCUACCACAUCAUGUUCGGCCUCGUCGUGGACACACUGCUGCGGCUGUCUGGACAGAAACCUCGGCUUAUGGAGGUUUAUAGAAAAAUAGCAGCCGCAGAAGUUGCUUUGGUCCCCAUUGCUGAAAGAUCACACAUUACGUUCGAAACACCGAAAUUCUGGGAUCUACAGAGACUCAUGCAUCCUGAUGAUGUCAAAAAUUUUGAUUUUGAUCUUGAUAGCCUAGAUCCCAGAAAAGAUUGCGUUAACCUGAUUUCAGGAAUUUGGCAGUAUACCUUGAAGGGGAAACUUGACAAAGAGAAUGGACUUCGACGCAUUGAUAGAUUAUUUUGGAUGGAGAUGGGAUUCCAUGUUUUCCUGGUAGCAAUAUUGAUGUACAUAGUCCUACCAAUUUAGAUUAGAGAAACUAUGCCGGAUGUCCACGCUAAGACAUGCCAGUACGUUGGGUUGCCUAUGGACUGGCUGCAGGGGCUGCAGGCGUCGGACGGG